AUGUUUCGCAUUUCCUUUACAUUAUACCAUUCCCCACCCCUCUACCAGCCCCAUUCUCCCGCUUUCCAUCACCCCGCCCCAUUCUCCCUCUUUCCAUCACCCUGCCCCAUUCUCCCUCUUUCCAUCACCCCGCCCCAUUCUCCCGCUUUCCAUCACGCCGCCCCAUUCUCCCGUUUUAUAUCACCCAGCCUCAAUCUCCCUCUUUCCAUCACCCAGCCCCAUUCUCCCUCUUUCCACCCUGCCCCAUUCUCCCGCUUUCCAUCUCUCCGCCCCAUUCUCCCUCAUUCCAUCACCUCGCCCCAUUCUCCAGCUUUCCAUCACUCCGCCCUGUCCCUCUUUCCAUCACCCUGCCCCAACCAUCACCCCGCCCCAUUCUCCCUCUUUCCAUCACCCCGCCCCAUUCUCCCUCUUUCCAUCACCCCGCCCCAUUCUCCCGCUUUCCAUCACCCCGCCCCAUUUUCCCGCUUUCCAUCACCCCGCCCAAUUCUCCCGCUUUCCAUCACGCGGUCCCAUUCUCCCUCUUUCCGUCACCCUGCCCUAUUCUCCCUCUUUCCAUCACCCUGCCCAUUUCUCCCUCUUUCCAUCACCCCGCCCCGUUCUCCCGCUUUCCAUCACCCCGCCGCGAUCUCCCGCUUUCUAUCACCCCGCCCCAUUCUCCCUCUUUACAUCACCCCGCCCCAUUCUCCCUCUUUCCAUCACCCAGCCCCAUUCUCCCGCUUUCCAUCACGCCGCCCCAUUCUCCCUCUUUCCAUCACCCCGCCCCAUUCUCCCGCUUUCCAUCACCCCGCCCCAUUCUCCCUCUAUCCAUCACCCCGUCCCAUUCUCCCGCUUUCCAUCACCCCGUCCCAUUCUCCCGCUUUCCAUCACCCCGCCCCAUUCUCCCUCUUUCCAUCACCCCGCCCCAUUCUCCCGCUUUCCAUCACCCCGCCCCAUUCUCCCUCUAUCCAUCACCCCGUCCCAUUCUCCCGCUUUCCAUCACCCCGUCCCAUUCUCCCGCUUUCCAUCACCCCGCCCCAUUCUCCCCCUUUCCAUCACCCUGCCCCAUUCUCCCGCUUUCCAUCACCCCGCCUCAUUGUCCCUCUUUCCAUCACCCCGCCCCAUUCUCCCGCUUUCCAUCACCCCGCCCCAUUCUUCCUCUCUCCAUCACCCCGCCCCAUUCUCCUGCUUUCCAUCACCCGCCCCGUUCUCCCGCUUUCCAUCACCCCGCCCCAUUCUCUCGCUUUCCAUCACCCCGCACCAUUCUCCCACUUUCUAUCACCCAGCCCCAUUCUCCAUUCGGGCGCAAGCGAGUCGGGCACAAGCGAAUCGGGCGCAAGCGAGUCGGGCGCAAGGGAAUCGGGCGCAAGCGAAUCGGGCGCAAGGGAAUCGGGCGCAAGCGAAUCAGGCGCAAGCGAAUCGGGCGCAAGCGAAUUGGGCGCAAGGGAGUCGGGCGCAAGGGAGUCGGGCGCAAGCGAAUCGGGCGCAAGCGAAUCGGGCGCAAGCGAAUCGGGCGCAAGGGAAUCGGGCGCAAGCGAAUCGGGCGCAAGCGAAACGGGCGCAAGCGAAUCGAGCGCAAGGGAAUCGGGCGCAAGCGAAUCAGGCGCAAGCGAAUCGGGCGCAGGGGAAUCGGGCGGAGGGGAUUCGGGCGCAAGCAAGUCAGGCGCAAGCGAGUCGGGCGCAAGCGAAUCGGGCGCAAGCGAAUCGGGCGUAAGCGAAUCGGGCGCAAGCGAUUCGGGCGCAAGCGAGUCGGAGGCAAGGGAAUAG